AUGUCUGAGAACUCGGCUGCCGACAAGAAGCCCCGCCCAGAGAGCAUCACCACAAAGCCAGACAUUGACUUCGCUUCCGACGAUGAAGCCCAGACCCCGGCGACCGCGGGUCCUCCUACCACUUCCCCCCAGCCAAAGAAGGUGAGCUUCCAGGAGCCCACCGUCGAAGACGAAACCCCGCCGCCCAAGCCGCCGCGACCCAUGAGCCCCAUGGCUCAGGCAGAAGCCACCCUCAUCGAGGCCUUUCCGGACACCGAUCCCAAGGUCAUCAAGGCCGUGUUGGUUGCGAGCCGGGGGAAGGUAGAGCCUGCCUUCAACGCCCUGCUCAGCAUGAGCGACCCCAACUUCAAGGAAGAGGAAGUCCCGCCGCCCCAACCCCCACGCCCCAGCCAACCGCGCAGCCAGCUUGAGCAAGACGAGCUGUACGCGCGCCAACUGGCCGCUCACUACUCGUCUUCCGGUAGCAGGGGAACCCCGCAACAGCAACAACAUCGCGUACAGUCGGAAGAUGAGCGCGAGCAUAGCUUCUUUGACGACGACCUGCCGGUCAUCCAAGAGAAUAUCAAAAAGGGCUUCCUCGAGACCCAGACCAAGGUCAACCGAUGGAUAACCGACUUCAAGAAGAAGCUUGAUGGUGAAGAGGAAGACGAGGCCCAGCCAAGCUCCAGCCAGCCCCAGCGUCAGAAUUUCGGCCCCUCGCAAUCAGACCAACUCCAUGGCAUUCGCAGGAGCGCUGAAGGCAGGCGCAGCGCGGACCGCGAGCGCUACGACGCAGAUCCUCGUGUGCUGGGCGACGACUUCUCAACGCUGGAAUUGCGCGACAACGAAGCCGCCCAGAAGCGCUCCAACCGCCCUCAAGCCAACCCUGACCUAUUCAAGCCAACCCCGAAGCCGCCUCAGUCCGGCCCCGUUGAUGAAGUUGAUGCGCUGUACCGCAACCCUACCCCACCUCGUCAGCCAUCGCCCGGUGCAAACAAGACCAAGAAGUGGCAGCCUUUGACAUCAGUGGCACCUAAUCCCGAAGCGGAUGAUCACGACCCUUUCAGCUUGGGCGACAGUGAUGACGAACAAGAGGCGAAAACGAAGGACAUCAAGGCCGAGGACAGCGAGAGGCUGAAGAAGGCUGCCGCCAUGUCCGAGGCCAAGGAUACCAACGAUACGGGCUCAUCUCCCAGACCAGCAGAGAGGAGUGGCAGCGUAGGGCAAAAGGAUAAGGUCGCCGAAGAUCUCUUGGCCGAGAAGAAAUAA